UAUUGUACCGCGGCGGUGGACGACCAACAACAACCUCAUCAUAAUUUAAUCCACUUGACGUUCGAGAAGACUGUGUCAUACAAUAAUUCGAGUCAGUCACCGUGUCGAGCUCAAAGCGAUCUUUCGUGUCGGAACAUUGUAAUAUUUAAGUUAGGUGUGUGGUGUGAUAAUGAAAAAUCUUGCAUUUGUGACUUUGUUUUUAGUGAUUAUUUUAAUAUGUAGUGACGCUAGGAAAACAUCUAAAAGUCGGAGCUCAGGGUCCGGUCGUGGUAGUAGCCGAAAAACUAAUUACAAUCCAGUUCCCACUUCGUUUAGCAAUCCACAGCAGGCAGCCGCACCCAAGCCGUCUCUAUUCGGAUGGCAGGAAAAACCAGCAGCACGUAAAACACAUACAUAUCCUUCGAAACAGUCUAAUCCGUCCAAUAGUCAGAGUCAUGGUUAUCCUUCAAGCCAAACUGGAUUAUCUGGAAAUACACCCGUGAAGCAACCACCUGCAUACCAAGAGAAUAUUCAAAGAAGUAAUGCACCGCGACAAGACGCACAACGUCCAGGUACCCAAACACAUACUAAUAACCAACCAAGUCAUGCUUAUCCGGCAUCUAAUGGAUUGUCGGGUGGUUCAGGAUCUGCAGGAUAUCCUAAAUCGAAUGGCCUUUCUGGAUCUGGUUCGGGGCCUGCUCAUGGUACUGGUGUUGGUUAUCCACAGGCCAACGUGCCAGUAGGCACAGGAGCUGGAGCGCCACCACCUUACCCUGGAUACAAGCCUGGAGCUGCAGGAAAUUAUCCGGCUUACGGUGGUAGUAAUAAUUAUCAUCCCCCUCAAGGUCCUCCACCACCAUAUUCAAAUCAUGGUUCCCAUUACGGUGGUUAUUCUGGUUACGGAGGAGGUCAAGGUUUUAAUCCAAGUCCUCAAAUGCCAGGUUAUUUCGGAAACUACGGUAACAAUUAUGGCAAAGGUUUUGGCGGUGUGAGUCGAUCCGGAAGUGGCCUUAGUGGUUUAGGGCUGGCUGGUGCCGGAAUCGGAACCGUUUUGACAGGGUUAGCUUUGUGGAAUUUGGCUAGAUCUACAGGACACCACCAUCACACCGUCAUCUAUGAUAAUAGAGGACAACCUGUGGCAGUAGCGCCUGCGAAUGGUACAGAUCCGGCCGUCGACUCUAUAUUGAAAGAUUUGGUUAAUUGUACUCUAACUAUCAGCAGUGACAAUGCGACAGAAAUUUUAGCUAUACCGUGUGCGAUUGCUACAUCCUUCACUCCAGACGCUGAUGUCAAAGACGCUGAUGUUGCAAAUACUAAAUCAGACAGUACGAAAUGCACAGUAACAGUUGUAACAAAAGAAGGACGAGAAUUUAUGACUACAAUCCCAUGUUCUCUUCUCUUAAAUACUGCAGCAGAAAAUAAUGUAACAGAAACACCAAUUGUUGAUAGUGGCCCAGAUAAUUUAAAUGCAACAGUAGUGUCGACUAUCAAGCCCUCAUAUGAAAAUCAGCCAUCAGCCUUAAAGUUUACUGGUGAGGCUCAGAACAUCAAUGCUACUUGUCUAUCUACGCAAGAAAAUGGAGAGAGCCGCGAUCCUUUAAAUCCUUGUUUGACUGUGAGUCAUAAUUUGACGGUAAUUCCCUUGGAACCAACAACACCCAACAAUUUAACGACAUAAAAGUUUAAAUUAUUAUACUUUUUUUUGUAAUAAAUAUGUAAAAUGUAGGUGUACCCUUUAGUCUAUAACUGCAAGUGUUUGACAACAAAUCUAUUAUGCUAUCUUAUUCGUCGAUGCUAUUACUAUACACAUAGUUUAUGUAUAUCUGUGGCGUUGAUUAUGUUAUGUUGAUUAACUACGAUAAAAGAGCAACAAUUACUUGGUUUAUACUGAAAUGAUAAAUAAAUUUAAGUAUAUGAUAAAAGUGUCUUCAACACAGACUAAAUCUUGCGCGAGUUAGACUCACACGGCCGGAUUUUUUCUUAUUUUUCGCCAAACCUAGUAGGUAAAUAUAAAUAGAAAAUGUCACCUAUUGUUUUCAACAGAAAACAA